ACAGUCAGGUGACCUCAGAAGGAGCAUAACUCACAGGAGGCUGCCUUGUGUUUGAGUGUGAGAUUGCGACUUGGUGACUUUAGGCUCAGAGGAAGAACAAGGCAGUUAAAUGUUAAAUGACAUGUCUACAGAAAAGACAGAACUCAUGCAGACCCCCUUGCUGAAAAUCUGGGUACCUGAGGCAGGAGGCCCUCUGAGCCAAAGGAGAGGAUCAUCACGACCCCAGUUCACAAACUCUCCAACUAUGAUUGUAAUGGUGGGGCUGCCUGCCAGAGGAAAAACAUAUAUCUCCAGGAAGCUGACACGCUACCUCAAUUGGAUUGGAGUCCCAACUCAAGUCUUUAAUCUGGGCCAGUACAGAAGAGAUGCAGUCAAGAGUUACAAAAACUAUGAAUUCUUCCGCUCAGAUAAUGAAGAGGCCAUGAAGAUUCGCAGGGCUUGCGUUUUGAAGGCUCUGAUGGACAUUGCCAACUACUUCACUACGGAGCAGGGACAAGUAGCAGUAUUUGAUGCCACUAACACCACAAAGGAGAGGAGAGAGAUUAUCACCAUCUUUGCCAGGGAGAGGGGCUACAAGGUGUUUUUUAUCGAGUCAAUUUGUGAUGACCCAGAAAUUAUUGAGGCAAAUAUAAUGGAAGUGAAACUGAACAGCCCGGACUAUGAGAACUGCGACAAAGACAAGGUGGUGGAGGAUUUUCUAAAGCGUAUUGAAUGCUACAAGUUGACUUACAUUUCCAUUGAUGAUGAGCAGGACAGAAAUAUGUCCUACAUUAAGAUCUUCAACGUGGGCACCAGUUAUCUGGUGAACAGGGUUCAGGACCAUAUCCAGAGCCGAAUAGUGUACUACCUCAUGAACAUCCAUGUCGCACCACGCUCCAUCUACCUCAGCAGGCAUGGAGAGAGCGAGCUGAACCUGCUGGGUCGCAUCGGGGGAGACUCUGGCCUUUCUUCCCAAGGCAAAAGGUAUGCUGUUUCUCUGUCAGAGUUCGUCAGAAGCCAGGCCAUAAAAGAUCUUAAGGUGUGGACGAGUCACUUCAAAAGGACCAUACAGACGGCUGAGGCACUGGGAGUCCCUUAUGAGCAAUGGAAAGCCCUGAAUGAAAUUGAUGCAGGUGUGUGUGAGGAAAUGACUUAUGAAGAGAUCCAGGAGAACUAUCCAGAGGAGUUUGCGAUGAGGGAUCAAGACAAGUAUCGGUACAGAUAUCCUAAAGGAGAGUCUUAUGAAGACUUGAUGCACCGUCUAGAGCCGGUCAUCAUGGAGUUGGAGAGACAGGAGAAUGUGCUGGUCAUCUGUCACCAGGCAGUCAUGCGUUGUUUGCUGGCCUACUUUCUGGACAAAAGUGCAGAGGAACUUCCAUACCUGAAAUGUCCCCUCCAUACUGUACUCAAACUAACACCAGUGGCCUACGGAUGCAAAGUGGAAUCUAUUUAUCUUAACAUCCAAGCAGUCAACACGCACAGAGAAAAACCUUUGAACGUGGAUGUGACACGGCGGUCAGAAGAUGCACUUCGGACUGUUCCAGAACAUUUGUAACAUGGUUUUUACAGCGGUUUCAGACAAGCAGAGUUCCAAAAGUGUUCAUACUGUGUUCAUAAUAUAACAACACUGGUACUUUUCACUGUUUGUAUCCCUCCAUUUGUUUGUGUUCCAUCUAUACCAUUCCCAUUCUUAGAAAUGGGACAUUGAAAUGGUUAUUACACUUACUAAGGGGUGUCGGCAGUCUGUGCAUUGCUUCUGGAACUAUUUUUGUUGGUGGAGGAAAAAUAAAUAAGACUUUGGCCAUAUUGUGUGAAAUUAGAGUACAUUUUUCUUUUUUUAGAAUUGUUAUAUAACAGUUGAAUUGUUAUAUAACAUUGAAUAUCCCAGCUGUGACUAUCAGAAGUGUGAAUGUGAGGCUGCAUUGGAGAGAGUUUAUUUUAGGCUAUGUGUCAGAAACAUCCAUCUCAGAACAUGGCUGAGGACAAAGGAGACAGACAGAGACAAAAAAGAGACAGACAGUCAGGGGGUGGUACAGAGGAACCAAGUACCUGAUAGACAGAAAUCAAGAAGGACAAACAAUGAGAGUGAGAGAGAGAGAGAGAGAGAGAGAGAGAGAGAAGCAGACAGAUAGAGAGGGCAUGUGAGAGAGACAGAGAAACAGGUCUGAGGGAAAGCUGGAGACAUACACAGACAGAGAUCAGGACAGACAAACAGAGAGACAGAGUGCAGUAGAGAGUUAGACAUCAGGACCUCGGACAGCAACCAAACAAAUACUCAUCUGUCAAAUACACAGUUCAUAACCUCAACAGUCUGACCACAGCUAACACACGUUACAAUUUCAAGUGCUUUCCCUGAAGGCCUGUAGUUCCUCUGCAACCGAAAGGGAAGCCUGCUUAAAUAAGCACUCUGGUACAAAGACACUAGCAAGUAUAGCGAUUAAUAUAAUACAGUGUAAUGAGUCUUAAUUAAUGUGUUCAUAUUGAAUUUGAAUAAAGAUUGGAUAUCAA